GCUGCAUGUGCGCUGUCUUUAAGAUCCAUCACAUUACGCACAGCGGACCUGUUCUUGCGUUAUUAUGACUGCGCAGGAUAUCAUGAGGCACAUGGAGUAGACAGUCAAGAUGGAAAACUUCAGCAUGACAUGGCUGUGGAUUGUUUUUGCAUCGCAUUUGUUUUUUCUGCCACUGACAGGCUUGUGCAAGCCCGUAAUCUCCCCCAGCGGGCCUCACAUUGUUGUUCCCAAGCGGGGGAGGCUGGAGCUCUAUUGCCAUGACGAUGCCACCAGGCCUGGCGCCACAUCCAGGUUGAGGUGGCAGAGAGAAAAGGCUCGCAGACUGGAGGGAGAGGCGGAGGAGGGCGGCGUGGCUGUCGUCAAGGUGCCUGCGGUGCAAGCCUACCACAUGGGCCGCUACGUGUGCGUCAACAACAGCACACUGGAGCGCACUUCCAUCUACGUAUAUGUGAAGGACCCCGUCAGCGCCUUUCAGCGCACCAUGGUCAACGUCAUCCUGGUGCGCGCAGGCGAGAACUGCACCAUUCCCUGCCUUGUGACCAACCCGGAGGUCACGCUGCCGGCUUUGCAGACGUGUGACGGGCGACCUUUGCCCUCCGCCAUGAGCUACUGGACCCACCACGAGCAGGGCGUCAUCAUUGGCAAUGCGAGGAAGGAGUUUGAAGGCUGCUACGUGUGUGUGGGACAGCUCGGAGCAGAUAAAGUGACGUCGAGCCAAUACACCGUAGACGUGCGGCUAGUUCCAGAAGUGCUUCCAGUCAUCACGUUGUCCCAGAGGGAUAAGGUUAUCUUACGAAAAGGCGAGAAGUUAGAGCUUACUUGUAGCUCCUCCAAUGUCAACCCAGACUUUGAUGUCAAGUGGAACUAUCCUUCAACAGCGCAUCCAGAGGAGGCGCACACUUCACACAUCCUGUCCGGCUCUCGGGGUUAUCAACGCUCCUCCCGGCUCUCGAUCGGACGGGUAAAGCGAUCCGACUCGGGGACCUACCGCUGCUCGGCCCGCAACGAGAGAGGCGGCAGCUCCACAGCGCUGCACCUGGAUGUCUGCGAUAUUGGGUUCAUUACCAUGUUAAGCCACCCGAGUCCCGUCCGGGCCAGCGUCCGAGAGGGGGAGAGCCUGAAUCUCAGAGUGGAGUAUGAGGCCUACCCAUCACCCGGGGUCCCGUCCUGGUCUUACAACGGCAAACGACUGCUCAACACCACAGAGCACGUCAUCACUAUCCACCAACACAAAUACAGGUUCAUUAGCGAGCUGAAACUGGUGAGAGUUCUUGGCUCGGAGGCUGGCAUCUACAAAUUCUCCGCCAGCCAUGAAGAUGCAUCAGUCGAACAUUUAUUUCACGUAUAUGUCAACAGUAAGCCGGUCAUCAUAGCGCAGGAAGGGCCAGUCGACGGUCAGGUGCGGUGCGUCGCCGCCGGUCACCCGGUUCCAAAAAUCAGAUGGUACAUCUGUGACAUUCCCCACACGAGGUGCUCACACCUGCCUAACGCCACCCAAUGGGAGACUGCGGAUGUUGCCAUGGUGACAGAGUCCACCUUCAGUAGGAGUGAGGUGGAGAGCCGACUGAAUAUCAGCAAGGAGCAUGGCAACUACCAUACGCUGGAGUGUGUGGCCUCCACAGAGCGAGAGGAAGCUUAUACGCUCUUCUCCAUCAGCGAGCGACUUGUCCCGCAUAAACUGUUCACCCCGCUUCUAACUGGCAUGGUGGCCACUGGUGCCUUCCUCUGCCUCAUCCUGGUGGUGCUGCUCUAUAAGUACAUGCAGAAACCUAAAUUCCAAAUCCAGUGGAAAGUCAUCGAGAGCAUCCAUGACAACAACUACAUUUACUUUGACCCCACCCAGCUUCCUUAUGACUCCAAAUGGGAGUUUCCUCGGCAGAAACUACGCUUUGGCAAAACUCUGGGUUCUGGAGCGUUUGGAAAAGUGGUGAGGGCCACAGCGUACGGCCUCUGCUCGGCUGACACAGUCACGACUGUCGCCGUCAAGCUGCUCAAGCCCAACGCACACGCCACGGAGAAGGAGGCGCUGAUGUCCGAGCUGAAGGUGCUCAGUUACCUCGGCAACCACAUGAACAUCGUCAACCUGCUGGGAGCCUGCACGGUCGCAGGUCCAAUUUUAGUUAUCACUGAAUACUGUUGCUAUGGCGACCUCCUCAACUUCCUGCGCAGAAAAAGAGAGUCCUUCCUAAAUUCCCAAACCGGCGACGGUUACUAUCGCAACGUCUCCAAGCAAACGGAGCCUGCAAGCAGAGCAGUGACUGGCACAGAAUAUAUGCCCAUGCGUCCCUCGGACAAAGAAAGGUCGUCCCAGUCAGAAGAUGUAGAUGAGCUUUCUUUGGCUGCUGAAGAUCUGCUGAGCUUCUCCUACCAAGUGGCCAAAGGGAUGGAGUACAUCACCUCAAAGAAUUGCAUCCACAGGGACCUCGCAGCCAGAAAUGUUCUACUGACUCACGGCAGGGUGGCCAAGAUCUGCGACUUUGGCUUGGCACGGGACAUCACCACCGACGCCAGCUACGUGCUCCGAGGAAAUGCACGUCUCCCAGUCAAGUGGAUGUCUCCUGAGAGCAUCUUUGAUUGUGUCUACACUUAUGAGAGUGACGUGUGGUCCUACGGCAUCUUGCUAUGGGAAAUCUUCUCUUUGGGUAGCAGUCCCUAUCCCGGGAUGCACGUGGGCUCGGCAUUUUAUCGACUCAUUCAAGAGGGCCACAGGAUGAGCAGGCCUGAGUUUGCACCCAUUGAGCUGUAUGACAUGAUGUGCUCAUGCUGGAAUCAGGACCCUUUGAAAAGACCCUCUUUCAGAAAACUGGUCCAGAAGACUGAGCUUCUUCUGUCAGAAAACACCCGGAAUGUUUACCUGAGGCUGAGCAACGCUGCGGAUUCAUCGGCACAUCAGAGGGCGCCGUCACGGAGGCUGAGCUCCGUGUGCAGCACCACGGCCCCCAACCAGCCUUUACUGCAGAAUACUGCAGACGUCUUCCUGGAUUAUGUCUGAAACACUCCUCACAAGUAGAAAAUCAUACAAAAUGGUUGCACGUUACAUUCGAACUGGAGUAAUCUUGAGUCCUGCAGAAACACAUUCCACAAAUAUGGCCGACAUGCUGUGCUGAAACUGCUAUAUUUUGCCAUGGAAAUUCUAAUUUUGACAUUAUUUCAAAGAUAUCUAAAGGUUUUAUUAAGAAAACAAAUCAAGAAAAACACUUGUUUCAUACUAGCAACACUACUUUUGGAACUGGAUCCGACUAAAUUCUCAUGGGAACAGGCUGCAUACACGCACAUACCCGCCGACGCGGACCAAAUUCUUACUGAAAAAUACAAACCUCAAUGAAGUUGGGCUAUUGUGUAAAAUGUAAAUAAAAACAGAAUACAAUUA